UAUCUACGCAAUCAUGAAGGGGAAGAAGAUGCUUCACUUUCUUGCUCUUGCAGUUUUAGUCCACGUUUGCACUGCAAGCAGUGACGGCCGAUAUGGUUACUCCUUGUCAGGGCAACCAGAGAAGACAGCAAAGGGCUGGAGGCUGAGUCUUUCAAGGCAUGGACCAGCUUCACGCUAUGGCAAUGACCUUUUCUAUAUUGAAAUGCAUGUGGAAUAUCAAACCCAAGACAGACUCAGGUUUAAGAUCUUUGAUCCAAACAACAUACGGUUUGAAGUUCCUCUCAAGAUUGAAUCCCCAUCUGUCACUGCUGCCGACACUAACUAUGACAUUGAAUUUGUCAAUGAUGAAUCUACUCGAUUUAAAAUCAUAAGAAAAGCCACGGGAACAGUGCUAUGGGAAACUUCUCUUGCAAAUCUGGUGUUUUCUGACCAAUAUCUUCAAAUUACCACUAAUGUUCCAUCCACUUCUGUGUAUGGUUUUGGAGAGCAUCAGCACCCAUCCUUUAAACACAAUAUGAACGAUGUAACCUAUGGGAUGUAUUCUAGGGACCAGUCUCCAAAGAUGUAUGCAAAUCUGUAUGGCGUCCAUCCCUUUUACAUGUGCAUAGAGAGUGAUUCAAAUACUCAUGGUGUCCUCUUCCUUAAUUCCAAUGCACAAGAUGUCACUUUGAGUCCAGAGCCAUCUCUGACCUUCCGCACCAUUGGAGGAAUCCUCGACUUCUAUGUCUUCUUGGGCCCAACCCCUGAAAAUGUAAUCCAGCAAUACACAGAGGCCAUUGGACGUCCACAUCUUCCUCCCUAUUGGUCUCUGGGGUAUCAGCUUUCACGAUGGGGAUAUCCCAGCAUUGAUGUCGUGAAGCAAACUGUCAAGCGCAUGGAGCAAUAUGGCAUCCCACAUGAUGUUCAAUAUGCAGACAUUGAUUAUAUGGACAACAACUUGGACUUCACUUACGACAAAGACAAUUAUGCCGGUCUGCCAGAGUACAUUCAAGAGCUGAAGAAAGAUGGAUUGCACUACAUUAUUAUUCUGGAUCCUUUCCUAAGUAAAGAUCAGUCUAGAGGGAGUUACCAGCCAUAUGAACUUGGACAACAAUUGGGACUCUGGGUGAAUAAUUCGGAUGGAGUGACAGCAGCCGUUGGCAAGGCCUUGCCUCCAGGAGAAUCAGUGUAUCCUGACUAUCUCAACCCCCAAACAGCUGACUGGUGGACCUAUAUGUGUGCUGAGUUUCACAACGUCCUUCCUUAUGAUGGAAUUUGGAUUGAUAUGAAUGAACCAUCAAAUUUUCUAAAUGGCCAGUACCCAGCCUGUGCUCACAACAAUCUCAACUACCCUCCAUACAUUCCCAGGAUUUCUGAUUCGUCCCUGUUUCAUAGCACUUUAUGUCCAGAUUCUUCAACCUAUCUGGGAAGGCACUAUGACACGCAUUCCUUGUUUGGAUGGGCAGAAGCACCACCUACUUUCAGGGCUGUUCAGCAAGCCACAGGGAAAAGACCCUUUGUCUUGAGUCGCUCUACGUUUGUUGGAAAUGGAAAAUAUGCAGCCCAUUGGCUAGGAGACAACCAUGCUCUCUGGGAAGAUAUGCACUUGUCUAUCAUUGGAAUUUUGGAGUUCAACCUUUUUGGAAUUCCACAAGUUGGUGCUGAUAUUUGCGGCUUUCACUUUGAUACCGAUUUUGAACUCUGCCUGCGCUGGACACAGCUUGGUGCAUUUUAUCCCUUAGCCAGGAACCACAAUGCACUUGGUCAGAAGGAACAAGACCCCGGAGCAUUUGGGAUUGAGUUUGCUACAAUUGCUCGAACAGCUCUCCAGAUUAGAUACUCUCUUCUGCCUUACUUAUACACCUUGUUCUUUGAAGCCCAUGCCUUUGGAAAUACUGUGGCCCGAGGGCUAAUGCAUGAGUUUACAGAUGACCCCGAGACCCAUGGAAUAGAUACUGCUUUUCUUUGGGGAUCUGCUCUUAUGAUUGCUCCAGUUCUUCAAGAGGGAGCAAGAUCAGUGGAUGUAUACUUCCCAGACGCAACCUGGUUUGAUUACUACACGGGUGACAAAGUACCAGCUUCAUCGCACAACAAAUAUAUCAGUGUUCAUGCCCCACUGGAAAAGAUACCGCUGUUUAUCCGAGGAGGAUACAUUUUGCCGACACAGACACCAGCCACAAGAACUGCUAAAAGCCGCCUGAAUCCAUUUGGACUCAUUGUUGCUCUGAAUGAACAGGGUGAAGCCUCUGGCUCUCUCUUCUGGGAUGAUGGUGAAUCUGUUGACACUGUCACCAAUGGGAACUACUUCCUGGCCAAAUAUACAUACAGAGAAGUAAGUAAAAACAAUGGUUAG